CAAUUUCCAGCUUUAAGAACUCAAUACAGUGAAUUUCAUGGCUGAUGAAGUGACAUGAAAGCAAAUCUCCUUGCCAUUGCUUUGUGUUAUGCUCUUGUCGAACGAGCAGUGCUAACAAAAGUCCCAGUGUUAGCUCGACAACGGAGAACUAUUACACAGUUAAUACUAGACAUCGACAAAACUACGAUCACGUCAACAAAGGAAAUCGUUUCUGGUAUUGAUGAAUCGUACCCUGUUCUCAUCGCAUUGGAUGUUGGGAGGAACAUCUUGGCCUACAUGGAAAGCUGGCUGCGCUCAUCUAGUGGUAACAUUCGUGUAAUUGCUUUGGGUGAUAGCAGCACAGUUCCAUCAUAUAUUCAUCGCAGUAGUGGUGUUGCCGAAGAAACAAUCACUUCACUUGCUAUCGACUGGGUAACUGGCAAACUAUACGUGGGUGUUGAAACAGCUAGUAUACAUAAUGCUGGACGCAUUGAAGUAUGUCCUUUGGUUGAUCAGAUUUCUUGUGCUGUUGCAUUGUAUUCCAAUUUUGAAAAUCAGGAUUCUCGGAUUGAUGCUCUUCAUUCUCUUGUGCUUGACCCAGUUGAUGGCUAUAUGUAUUGGUUGAAUCGUGUGCAUAAACGUAUUGAGCGAGCAUGGAUGGACGGUCGACAUCACGAUCCUCACUGUUUCAAGGAUCAUACCACUGAUGUGGUUGCUACAUCUGCUCUUACACUUGAGCAGGUAAGUCGAAUGCUGUACUAUGUUCGUACCCGGACAUCACUAGAUGAUUCACAAAUUUGGAGAUGUUCAUUAUAUGAUCGUGAAUCGUGUCGAGCGAUUGCCAGUAAAGUCAAUGCUUUCUAUCUCGAUCUUUUCAGUGACUACUUGAUAUGGACGUCGGUCACAAAUCGGAAUUCCGGCAUAACGGUAUGUGAAAAAAUGGACUGUGAUCGUACAACUCGUGAAGUAAUUAAUUCAAGUGGUGUUGAAGCUCUUAUUGUAUUCGAUGAACAGGUUCAACCGCUGAGGCAGUCGUUGAAUCCUUGUCAAUCAAAAAAUGGUGGCUGUUCACACAUCUGCGUGCUGAUUCCUGGUGCACCGUGGCGAUCUUGUCUAUGUCCAGUGGGAGUGCGACUUCUUCAGGAUCGUUUAACUUGCUCACCUAAUGGAAUAGAACGCUUGCUAUACGUGGCGACCACGUCAGGCUUGAUUUUUAUUUCGUUAGAUACAGGGCAUCAUACACCUCUGCCACUUCCAAAUGCCGCUUCUGAGAUACGUGACACUAAAGUUGUGCAUGUCGAUUUUGAUCCAAUCGACAAAAAGUUAUUUAUGAUUGACGGAGACAUGGGUGUAAUUCGUAAAUGUAAUCCAGAUGGCACGGAAAUGGAGGUUUUUGUUGAAGACUCAAAUAAGCUAGUUUCCGAUGCUGUGGCUGUUGAUUGGUUGAAUCGUAAUCUGUAUUGGUUAGAUAGUAACGUUGCACAAAUCAAGAUGCAAAGCUUAUCUAGCAAAGGACGGCAGAUAGUAAUAUCACAUGGAUUGAAACAGCCACGUGGUUUAGCUCUGGAUCCAGAUGGUGGCUACAUGUUUUUUUCAGACUGGCACGAAAGUACAAGUCGUAUUGAGAAAGCAUGGUUAGAUGGCUCCCGUAGACGAGUACUUGUUUCGCUAGAGAAAGAUGCUUGGCCAAAUGGAAUUGUGGUUGAUGCAAAGCAUAAACGGUUAUAUUGGGCAGAAGGAAGUCGAUCACUCAUCAAAUCAGUCGCUCUUGACGGGAAGUUGGAUGUUCAGGUUGUCUCAGAAAGUGUGAAUCAUCCUUAUUCACUUACUAUAUUAGGUAACUCGUUAUACUGUAAUUCAUUGUAUGGUCGUAAGAUAUCAAUGUUUCGUAUACCUCGGCACAAUGAAUCUUUUUUCGAUAUACAACUCUCUGUGGUAUCUGAUUCUGUUAUCUUUGGUCAGAUGGGUAUUCGAGCUGUUAAUCUGAAUCAUAUCCCGGAAGGUAUUUCUCCAUGCCAGAAAAGCAAUGGUGGAUGUUCGCACAUUUGUGUCAAGCUACCAAAUGGCGAAAGAGGCUGUGUUUGUCCGGUUGGCUAUGAGUUGCAAGCAGACAGUACAACAUGCAUUAUGCCUACUGCAUUUCUCAUCUACACACAAAGCCCUGCAGUGAACACAGCUAAUAGCAUCAUGAGAAUUUCUUUGGAGGCAGCUUCGGCUAAUAACCGCCGUAUCAAUAUUGCUGAUAUGACAUCAGUCCCAGUUAGCGUCGAUAUCAACCAGAAUUCCCAGAGAAUUUUUUGGUCGUCAGAAGGACGUGGGAACUCUAUUCGUUCAUUAGUUCAUAGCGCUUUUUUUAACGGCUCUGGUUUGGAAACUGUGUAUGAAGGAAAUGCAGUGAAUUAUAUUGCGGUGGAUUGGAUCACCUCAAAUAUUUAUUGGUGUAAUAUGGAACAGCGUCGAAUUGAAAUGGUUCGUGGCGAUGGGCGUCGUCAUCGUACAAUUGCGUGGGAAAAUAUCGAUCCUCGGCAUCUAGUUAUCCAUCCACUCCAGCGAUUUCUUGUUUUUGUUAAUUAUUACAAUCGGCAAAAAAUCACUAUAAAUAAGAUACCUCUCCACGGCGAGCAAUCAGGAGGUCGAGUUAUUGUUCGGCAGCUGGACACAGUUAAUGCACUUGCGAUUGAUUUUGAUUCUGAAUUGUUGGUGUGGUCAGAAUUGGACGAACGAGGAGGUGGAGUUUCCAUUUCUGACUUCAGUGGGAGAAGCCGUGCUCGUUUAGUAUAUAGUAAACAGUUGUUACCUGCUGCAUUAACUGUUUAUAAUCGGUUAAUAUACAUUGCCAAUAUGAAUAACAAUACUAUCGAUCUGUAUAACGGUCACACAUUAGCAGUUUUGCAUGAUGGUGUCAGUCAUGUUACGAAUCUUGCUGUUGCUCAUGGACAGAUAAGUAAAGAUUGGAAUGGUUGUGUUCCAAACAAUGGUGGCUGUAGUGAUAUAUGCGUGGCAGUCGAUGAAAGUUUAUACAAUGCAAAUGCCAAAUGUUUUUGUGAGGAUCACUUUACGCUUGAUCACGUUGGAGGAAAGUGCUUGCCACCAAAACACUUUCUGUUGGUCGCUAUUCGAGGUCACUUCAUACGUUUCAACCUGAGACAAUCAGUUACCGGUGACAUAUUUUGGAAAGAUGAUCCUCAUUCAAUUUUGUCAGUGACAAAUGUUGGCUCACCAAUUUCAGUGGCUGUUGACUUAUUUUCUGCAAAUCGUUCGAUUUAUUGGAUUGAUUCCAAUGAUGACAAAGUUAUUAAACGAUCAUCAGAUUUAUCACAUUCCGUGACCCAGACAAUUACAUUAUCGAGACGUUCGAAUUGUGCAAUACUUUUCCACUUAGCAGUUGAUGAAGUUGGUCGACAGUUAUUUGUUUCAUGUGCAGAACAUGGGCUCAGCUAUGCGUCAUCCAUUCAUGUUUGGCGUAUAAAGAAUAACGAUCAUUUGGAAUAUAUUGGCGUUGUUGUGUCAGGAAAAGAGCGUUCUCCGGUAACUGAUCGACCUCCUUAUCCCCGACAAAUUGCUCUUUUUCCUCGGCUAAACCUCCUUUUUUACGUAGAUGAUGGUGGUUCCAUUCCUGCGAUUGUUAGGUGUUCGUUGAAUGGUCGUCAAUGUGUACAGUGGGGAACACCAAAUCUAACACACACUGUGAAACUUCAUGCUUAUCAAAUCAACGACCGUUUGUACUAUACGACAGCAAACGGAUUAUGGUCACGAGAUGCACAUGUGUUUUCGGACGUACGUCAUCACAUCAAAGCGCGACCUUCGGAUAUUGAUAUGGUUCCAAUCACUGAGAAGAAAUUGAUAAUUGUUGCGAAAAAUGAAUCCCAAUAUGAUGAUUUGUUGUUGGAACUGAUGGAUGAUAUUCCUACUGUUUCCUUAGAUGAACUGAAAUGGAGCACACAGUCGCCUUACUCAGUCAAGCGUAUUCUUGCAUUGACGGUAGUUGGCAGUAUCGAAAGAGACUUUUAUGUAAAUUUGAACCAUACUUGUGCGGUAUCACACUGUUCACACUUGUGCCGAGUCCCACGAGAUUCCAGGAAACGUCAUGAAUGUCUCUGUCCUCUUGGAUUCGGCUUACAAGCUCCAAGUGAAACUUUUUGUUUCAAACAUGCAUCAUGUCUGCACUGGCAAUUUAAAUGUGACGAUGGACAAGAAUGCAUACACGCAAUUGCAAAAUGUGAUGGGCGUCAUGAUUGCACCGACGGUAGUGAUGAAUCUUCGCACUGGUGCGGCGAUGUUGCCUUUGAUAAGUGGCCAUGUGACAAUAGGAAAACAUCAAUUGCCCGAACACUUAUUUGUAACGGAGCAGAAGAUUGUGCUGAUGGGUCAGACGAGGCUCACUGCCGGUGUACCAAUCCGCUUUUUUAUUUCGACUGUACCUUUGGACCAAAUGCUGCAUUGCAUCCACCUGAAUGUAUUAAUCGAGAGUUGAUCUGUAAUGGAGUUAGCAAUUGUUACGCUGGUCAGGAUGAAGAGAAGCAACUGUGUGCUGAAUUUGGUGCGGCGGUAGCAAUUGCUCCAACUAUAUCACCUUCAUUCGAAUUGAUCAUACCCUUGGCUGUGUUUUUCUUGGCACUGAGCAUUACUGUGAGUGUGUGUUGUUGUCAUUUUUCAAAGCAUUCAUUAGGACAAAAUUCAGCUCAUGCAACAACAACACAUUCACUGCCAUUGAAUGCUGAGGCGCGAGUUCUACUGCCAGCACAUCCAGAUGGUACCCAGAUUGAGUUCCAAUUUCGUACCUAUUCUGUUGGAGCAUCAUCAUCGUUGUAUAACGCACUGCCUCCACCAAAUUCACGGUUUUCAACUGAUGCAAUUUCAAGUCCUCAGUCACUCACUGGUAAUCCUUCAGAAAGGAGUUCCAUGUUUGCUGCAGUUAGCGCUCCUGUGGCUAAAACGAAUUCUCGGAGAUUUUUUGCACCACCACCUUCUGCUGCAAGUUUGUCGACAUAUGGUGUUGUGAAACCAGCUGGAAUGCGGGUUCAUUUACAACAUGGUGGUGGUGGUACAGGUUCCACUAGAAACAGGCGAAAACAACGACAUCGUGCACGUACUGAUGGUACCAGAACUCAUAGUCCUCCACCAUCCUACUCAAAGGUUAAAACCACUCGUCCAGUUUGUAUUGAUCCAGGCGUAGGAUGCAGUGACGAAGAGUCUCAACAGCUGCAAGUGCCAACGAAUAGUAGAAUUGUUUCUUCAGUAGAUUCAUCAUCAGUGGAAAGCACGAAACGUGUAUUAUUACCAAGUAGUCAUUUCAUCUCAUCCGUUAAAUUUGCUCAGCAACAGCGCCUGCUCAGUUACUCGUCGACGUCUUCUGAUGUUUCACUUGAGUAAGGAGGUAAAAUGCUGUUAAUUGAUGGUUUAAAGAAAACAAUUGAGAGUAGAUUUUACUGCAGUUGUCUCUCUAGCUAAAGGGAGAUUUCUAAUGCUGUACGCAGAAAUCGGCUUGCAUGUGUGUGUUUCGAUGUUUCUUUAAUAUGACAAUGUAUAAAGAACUAUCCAACUUCCACUGAUCUCAUUUAUUCAUAUUUUGUUUUUAUAUAAUCGUUACUCUUAUUUAUCUUUCGAUUCUGUCAUUUAUUAGUUACUUGCUGUUAGUUGUUAUCGUGAAAUGCGUUGCAAUGGUUGAAAAUGUUCUAAUAUUUAAAAGGUUCACGGGAAUUUAUUCUACAGUAACCAUGAACAAGUUGCUGGAAAUGUUGUUCAUAGUUACAUUUGAAUUUUAGAAUCCGAAUGACUUCUCAAGGCACUUUUACAUUUUCUCAAGAAAUAUGACUGCGAAUAUACAUCAAAUUUUGUGUUAUAUGGCUUUUUUUCUAAUUCAUUAUAUUGUCAGUGUUCCAAACUGUGAAAUAUUUUUUUAUUGUUAAGUAAUUUUCUUAUUCCUUUUCUUUACUCUUUUAUGUUGAAAGUUUAAGGUAUGGUGUGAAUUUAUAUGAGAAAAAAAGUUGAAGAAAAUGAAGAUUGCUAGUAGCCUAAGAUUCUCCAAUUUGUCCUAUCUAUUAUUAUAACAAGUUUCCUAUUCUAUGUGGCUGCAGUUAAUAUAGUUCUCAACGAUUUUCGUAUGUCACUUAGUAAUUCGUAGAAAAUGCUAUAUUUUAUAGGGUCUAUUUAAUCAAUGAAUUUUGAAAAUAGCUCCUAACUGCUAUUGUUUUUAUUUGCUAAAUUCCACAAUUCGGGUCCAUUUCAAAUUUUUACUACUGCUUGUUAUGACGUUUUACUUUUGUUUCCACAGUAUGUCAUCUUGAAUCUGAGCAUAAAG